CCAGUCCUUUCGGUUGUCACUCCUUUACAAUGCUAAUUUAGUUUCCUACCUUUAAUCAUGUUGAUAGGAUUUUUAGGAGCAGGAAGGAUGGCCUUGGCAUUAGCUAAAGGUUUAGUUGCAGCUGGUAUCACGAAAGUUGAAAAUAUUAUUGCAAGUUCACCGAAAGAUGAACCAUCCAUGUUGGAAGAGAUGAAGUCCUUAGGGUUUAAUACCACUUACGAAAACGCUAAAGUCGUGGGUGAGUCCAAUGUUGUGAUAUUAUCUCUCAAACCACCGGUUGUGCCAAAGGUGCUGAGUGAAAUUACUGGUUUAGUCACUCACGAGCACUUAAUGAUAUCUAUUGCUUUAGGUAUCCCUAUAAGAAGUUUGGAGCAGAUGCUUCCAAGAAAGAGUAGAGUGGUAAGGGUCAUGCCCAACACCCCUGCUUUAGUCAUGCAUGGUAUGUCUGUCUUUUGUUGUGGAACAUCCACGUUAGAAAUUGACAGCACCACCACCUCUAGGUUAUUUUCGAGUGUUGGCACAUGCGAGGAAGUUCCAGAAACUCUUAUAGAUGCCGUUACUGGUGUUAGUGGUAGUGGUCCAGCUUAUAUUUAUAUGGCUAUAGAGGCUCUAGCCGAUGGAGGUGUAAAGAUGGGAAUACCUAGGGAUUUAUCUCAAAAAUUAGCGGCGUAUACAGUGAUGGGAGCUGCCAAAAUGGUUUUGGAAACUGGACGCCAUCCGGGUGCACUAAAGGAUGACGUGUGUUCACCAGCAGGAUGUACUAUUGAAGCCGUUCAUCAAUUAGAAAAAUCAGGUUUCAGGUCAGCAUUAAUUGAAGCUGUAGAAGCAGCAACGCUCAAAUCUAAAGAAACUGGCGCUAGGAACGUCUCUUAGAAUGUUAUUUAUUUGUUGCAAUAAAAGAUUUCACGAAUAUUUUAGUGUAUAUGAAUUAGGGUAUCUCGUAAACAUUCUAUCUACAUUUGAUUGUUGUUUGUCCCGCGAUUAUGAGCAAAAUUAAGUGUAAUAAUCAAUGGUAAUGAGCAUAAACCCUUUUCUUUAUUGCUGUAAUCUUCAUUUAUUCCGUGAAUAUUAAUGAAAAAGAACAUAAAAAACGUACAUAAAAAUUGAUAAAAUACCUACACGAACCAUUGUCAAAGAAAAUUAAUGCCUAAGAGCUGAUGUAAAUGAACACGAAAACAUUGUUACACAAGAAUAAUUUCCUUUCAUGUUAAGGAAAGUUGAGCAUAAAAUUUAAAAAAAAAGAGCAUAAAAACUACAUUUUUGAUAUUUAAGGUCCUUAUUAUGAGUCAUUUUCUUUUACGUUAAUGAAAAUUAAA